AUGACGAGAACUACCUCGCAGCCAUUGCGGCUGUUGGAACGGUUCGCUAACAGUACUCCCUCUCCUACUACACCGAGCACAGCUACCGUCGGUACUCCUGCACCGAAACCUAACGCCAACAACAAGAGACCAACGGCUAUCAUCAUAUAUCCUACAGUGACUCCGGAAUCGAUUGUAGUGCCGAUUGUGUCGUGUAUAUUUGGAUUUCCAUUGUUAGCGCUCACCGUAAUCUGUUGUCUGCGGAGGAGAGCAAAGUUGGCUAGAGAACGUGCAAGGCGGCGCAAUUGCGAAUUGGACCGCGGGGAGCUGUCAGUGGUGAAGCUAUCGCCGAUAAAAGCGAGGCCGCGUGCCGUUAGUUUGGUGCGCUCACCGCGACCGCCACCAACUCUGGAACUUGACACUGUGCUUGAAGAACGAUCAGACCCUGAACAAACAACAGUAUCACAAGUGGAGAUAACCCCUGACCGCGAGGUGGGAACGAUAAUAUUUGGAGCUGUUGGUGCAAUGGGCACAGCAGCAGCUACGGCUGUGUGUAACCGAGACAGCUAG